AUGUUUACAAUCUUCAGUGUCUUUUUAGUUCUAGUUGUGUGCACUCGUGCCCAGCAUUAUGGAGAUUUUUCAGGACUUGAUCUAAGUGGACAUGAUGAUAAUCUCCUGCAAAGCUCGCCAGCUGUCCUGAAAACUCUGCAAAAUUAUGAAGUUUCCAACAAUUAUCAUCAGCCUCAGGAAGAGGAACAUUAUGACCAUCCAAAAUAUGAAUUUAAAUAUGGGGUUCAGGACCACCACACUGGUGAUAUUAAAUCGCAGGAAGAGACUCGAGAUGGGGAUGUGGUUAAAGGACAGUACUCGCUUCAUGAACCCGAUGGUACCAUUUUGACUGUGAAAUACACAGCUGAUAAGCAUAGCGGGUUCAAUGCUGAAGUGAUAAGACAAGGGCAUGCCAAGCAUCCACAACAUUCGUCACAUUUUUAG